AAAAUGUAAAUGAUCUGAACAUAGCAAAAUUUGCUUGGAUGUGUCAUUCUCAAGGCACUCUUAACAAAAUAUCCAAUCACUUUAAGUCUUUUCCAACUGUAGUAAACUUUCAAAUUACUUUAAGUAGCUUCUAGUUAGAGUGUUAAGAGAGUUUUAAAUCUUUUUUGUAGCCCUAUAUAUACCCUAUCUAGUUAUAUAUCUUCAGCAAACAAAAUCUUAGCACUGAAAUGGCUAUCCCUAUCAUAGAUUUCAGCACUCUCAAUGGAGACAAAAGGGGUGAAACCAUGGCACUUCUGCAUGAGGCUUGUAAGAACUGGGGGUGCUUUCUGAUUGAGAACCAUGGAAUUGACAAGAGCCUUAUGGAGAAGGUGAAGCAGCUGAUUAACACUCACUAUGAGGAAAACCUGAAGCAAAGCUUUUACGAGUCUGAGAAAGCAAAGAGCUUGGAGAAAAAACAGAAAGCUUCUGAUAUAGAUUGGGAAAGUGCUUUCUUCAUUUGGCAUCGUCCCAAAUCUAACAUCAAGCAGAUUUCAAACCUCUCUGAGGAGCUUCGGCAAACAAUGGAUCAGUACAUUGAAAAACUCAUUCAACUAGCAGAGGACUUAUCUGGGCUCAUGAGUGAAAACCUUGGUUUGGAGAAGGAUUACAUCAAGAAAGCAUUUUCUGGAAGUGAUGGUCCAGCAAUGGGAACAAAAGUAGCCAAGUACCCUCAAUGUCCAAACCCAGAACUGGUGAGAGGACUCAGAGAGCACACAGAUGCUGGUGGUAUCAUCCUUUUGCUCCAGGAUGAUCAAGUUCCUGGAUUGGAGUUUUCCAAAGAUGGCAAAUGGGUGGAGAUCCCACCUUCAAAGAACAAUGCCAUUUUUAUCAACACAGGUGACCAAAUUGAAGUGUUGAGCAAUGGAUUGUAUAAGAGUGUUGUACACAGGGUCAUGGCUGAUAAGAAUGGAAGCAGACUUUCGAUUGCAAGUUUUUAUAACCCAAUUGGUGAAGCCAUUAUUUCCCCUGCUCCUAAACUCUUGUAUCCAAGUAAUUACCGCUAUGGUGAUUAUUUGGAGCUUUAUGGAAAAACCAAGUUCGGUGAUAAGGGUCCCAGAUUUGAGUCCAUCAAGAAUGUGGUAAAUGGGGACUAUAAUCUUGUACCUUGAUCCUUAAAGAAUAAAGAGUAUACCACAGUCCACAAGUCAUGUUCCCCCCACAAAAAAAGGCCAGAAAGGAAAAUGUAAGAGGAGGACAUGUUUCAUUUUUGCUUUUUCUAUUAUGUUUUUAAGCUUUUACAAAUAACAAUGCAACACAUGUUUUUCA